CGGACGCCGCGCUGUGGGGCGUAGGUAUGUUGUAUCCAUUAGUCACAGCUCCGAGCAACAAGUGAUACGUCGUCUUCGUACGUCUUGUUUAUUCCGCCAUUUUCCCUUGUGUUAUGUGGACUGAAAACGACGAUAGAAUAGAGGAACGUGUGCGCAAUGGAUUGGGCGCUGUCAACUCGGUGGCCGUUAAUGAUGACCGGAUCGCUCCGGUGCCAAGCGCAGCCGCUGCGACACCAUCCAUAUCCAAUUUGAACGUGAAUAAUUCAAAAAAAGUGCACAUUGGUCCAAAAUUUGUAUCCGUCACGCAGAAUGUACAAAAUCAAGAGGUGGUCAAAGGCCGCUUUCUAGGCCUUGAGUUGGUCUCGCCAAAUAAUGCACGUACACUACGCUGCAGUGUGGCUGUCUUCGUUUGCUGGGCAUUUCUCGUAGCAUCUGGCCUGGCAAUCUACCUCUUAUACAUGACCCUACUCAAACACCAAACACGACUAGACAUAGAGCUCUCGUUUCCUAAAUAUCUUUGGGACAUCGUGAAGAACAGUUCUCGUACAGAACGACUGUCUUGCGCAGUAGCAAUCAUGGUUCUUAUCGUGUGUAUAGCUCUCAUUGUCUACUUCGCAGGCCUGUCAGCGAAUACAUCCGAAUCGCCUAUAGACAAAGCACCUCAUGAAUGGCGCAUUACUCGAGAGAUGUGGCUGGCCCGGCCUUACAACUACACCCACACGUUAGACGCCUUUGAGCCAUUGAUGUUGGUCAUCUUUCAGCAUACAGUCAGCCCCCAAUGCAGUCUCUUUAAGAACUGCGCCGCUGAAUUACGCAAUUUGCAAGGCUAUUUUAUAAGUCAUUAUGACUAUGAUAUACCAUACAACUUUCUGGUCGGAAAUGAUGGUCGCGUUUAUGAAGGUCGAGGAUGGAACAUCGAAGGAGCCCAUACGUUUGGCUAUAACCGAUGCUCCAUUGGAAUCGGAUUCAUAGGUGAUUAUCGUGGGGAAAUUGAGAGUCACGCCUCGGUGACUAAAGCUCAGUUAAAUAGAACGAGAAUGCUUCUAGAAGAGGGUGUAAGACUUGGCCAUUUGCGAAAAGACUUCUUGGUCAUUGGUGCCAAUUACUUGGGACCCACGGCGAGUCCAGGAUCCAUUUUAAAUAAUGCGCUAAAGCAGUGGCCGAAUUAUGACCACAAAAAUCGCUUUUAUAAACUAAAUUGUGAAAAAAUGGAAGAAAAAUUUGGUAAUACCACAUUAUACUAGUUUUUGGAAUUUGUAAUUAUAUAGAUGCCUGUUAGCAUUAUUUCUUUUGAAUCUUAUAAAAUAUAUUUUUGGAAUUAUAUUAAGAUGUAAAUAAUUGAAUGUAAUUUUGUACUUUUUUAAUAAAUAAAAAAAUGUGUCGAAAAAUGAGUAAAAAUAAAAAGAUUUGUAAAUGUUUUAAUCACAUUGUUUAUUAGUUUAUAUAUAUUAUAUUUAGUGUACUUUGUUGCAUGUUUGAGAGCUAAUAUUCGACAACAUCAUACUGCGUUCUGUAGGAGUUUAUAUUACACAGUACGAUACAAACAAAAAUUUAAAGAAAAAACCUAUUUAGAAGAUUUCCGUACGUAUAUAAGGUACAAAUGAACACGCCAUGACCUCAAUCAUUCUUGGUCGUGAUCGUUUUCAUUUUGUUCAUUUAAAUCACAUCUUUAUUGUACACACUUUAUAAACUUUUGGCAUAACUAUUUUGUCAUAUCAUAGAGGAUAAACUAAAAAAUAUAAUCUUCAGUAUCCAAAAUUUGCAAUUCCGAAUAUCAAUUUUAACAUUCGAUAUUUAAGUUAGAGGUUCUUUUAGGCAUGUAAAAUAUGGUGUCCGCCAAACCUACGUAAUUUUAGAAAGGUACUAACAUAUGCAAUGAAAUAGUUAUUGUUGAUUAACAUUUAUUAUAUUUCAAUUUGUGUAAAUUCGGAAAAAAGAUACGGCACACUUCGACAGGUAUACACGGUAUGAACUUCAAUUGGCGGUGUAGCGUUAACUUAAUCAGAUCUUCGAUACAAGACACUCGUCUGCUCUGAUAAUUUAUCCGAAGUAAUGGUUAAAGUUAAGACUAGUACAUAAUAAUACCUAAACCCGAAUCGAUCCGGGGAUCAAUACACUACAACAUCGAAUAUUAAUUAUCCACUUUCAUAAUAUAACGUGGUUACAUAGGCAUGUAUAGGUUUAUAUUAAGAAGUGAAACUGUACUUUGGUUAAAUAAAAUGAUAUAUUUCAGAUAUAUGUAUAGUGAAAUAAAGUGUGAAACUGGCUGUCACUUGAUAAUAUAUACCUGUACAAAAUAUAAAAGAGUAUAAUAUAGCAAAAUAAAAAAACACGAAGCAUAAGGCAAUCGGCGACGAUUGUUCAAAAUUCCUUACAAACUUUAUAUAAACAUUGAGACAUUUUAAACAUUAGCAUUGUUAUGACUUACACCAGAAAUUCUUAACCAACUUUAAUAAGUCAAAAUUAGCCUCUAAAUUUAUAGUUUGGAAACAACGUAAAGGCACUACAUAGUACAUAUUAUAAUUGGUGUUUAGUUAACACCUACAAAACAGGGUAAUACGCUAUAAAUAAAUUUCAUAUUAAACGUCCAAAAAGCUGGUAAAAAUAAUUUAUAUAAAAAAUAAAUCGUGACGAAAGCACCGCAAUCACAA